CAUUUGUCAAAUAGAAACUCUUGUUUUGUAACUGUUUGGACUAAUGAUUAGGCCCUACACCCUGGGUUUGCAGGGCAGAUUCAGUUGUUGUCACACGUUUUAUUGCUGUGUGAUGGUCUUAGCUACUAUGAUGCAAUAUAUUUUCUUCAACAGAGACCCCCCCCCCCCCCGGAAUAAGACGGCCAACAAUGGGUCUGUUUGACAAACUGGCUGGCUGGCUGGGGCUGAAGAAGAAGGAAGUGAACGUCCUGUGUCUGGGACUGGACAACAGUGGGAAGACCACUAUCAUCAACCAACUCAAACCAUCCAAUGCCCAGACACAAGACAUCGUCCCAACCAUUGGCUUCAGCAUAGAGAAGUUCAAGACAUCAAGUCUGUCCUUCACAGUGUUCGACAUGUCUGGCCAAGGGAGAUACAGGAACCUCUGGGAGCAUUACUACAAGGAGGGUCAAGCCAUCAUCUUCGUGGUGGACAGUGGAGACAAGUUGAGGAUGGUGGUGGCUAAAGAAGAACUGGAUACGCUCCUCAACCACCCAGACAUCAAGCACCGGCGGAUCCCCCUGCUGUUCUUUGCCAACAAGAUGGACGUGAGAGACGCCCUGUCUUCAGUCAAGGUCUCCCAGCUACUCUGUCUGGAGAACGUCAAGGACAAGCCCUGGCACAUCUGUGCCAGUGACGCUGUGAAAGGAGAGGGCUUACAAGAAGGGGUUGAUUGGCUCCAAGAUCAAAUCAGAACGAUGAGAACGUGAGAGGUUGAGAGAACAUCGUGGGGGGAGUGGGG